AUGGACACCUUACAGGAUAUGGAUUUCCUCCUUCUUGAGCUCAAGCUCGUCACUGGUGCCAUGGGAAUCAUUUACCUCGGGGCCCAUGCAUCUUUACGCCGUCCACCAUCUGCGGCCAUCUCAAAGGAUAAGAAGCGGCGGAAGCAGGAUGACGAGGCGUUUACCCAAGGACUGGAGCUUUCUGAUGCAAUCCUUUUCCCAAUCAUGGCAGCGAUCGUUCUUGUUGGGCUGUAUUAUCUUAUCCAGUGGCUUCAAGACCCUGCUCUCAUUAACAAGAUUCUACGGUCUUACAUGACGACGGCGUCUAUGGCGAGCUUGUUGACCUUUUAUGCUCAUGGCAUUCAAGUGGUAUCGUCGUUUGUAUUCCCUCGUUUUUGGCGUGGCAGAGACGGCAAACUCCGCAGAGUCGAUCAAACCAAGAAUACAGUCGCCGUGUGUGAUGAUGCAGGUAACGAAAUUGAGAGCUCUGGUGUUGGGGGGACGAACCCGCUCCCCGGAGCGCUGGCCUUCCUUGCGCCAGCUGCGUGGCUGCAGAAGAAGGCCUGGGAGCUGAGAGAUCUUUUUACGAGACAUUGGCUGCUGGAGGUGUUUGCUCAUGGCAUGGGUAAGGAGACGAUCCAUAUCAAGUUUGCGCAUAUGAUGGCGCUUCUGAUGUCCGUGGUGACGGCAAUUGUCUAUUUUGCAACUUCUUGGUCGUUUCUCUCCAACAUACUGGGCUAUGGAAUGUGCUACGGGUCGUUUUUGCUUCUCUCGCCUACUGAUUUUCUCACUGGGUCGCUGGUUUUGUGGGGCCUCUUCUUCUACGAUAUCUUCAUGGUCUUUUACACCCCCUAUAUGGUGACGGUAGCAACAACUCUGGAUGUCCCUAUUAAGCUCACAUUUGAGGCGGCAUCAAGGAAGAGCAUCCUCGGAUUGGGAGACAUUGUGAUUCCUGGAAUGGUCAUUGGCUGGGCGCUGCGACUCGAUCUUUGGAUCCACUACUACAGAAAGAUCAAGUACGAAUCUACCGACUUGAAAAUUAUGGAGAAGGAUUCUACCUCGGGGGAGAUCAUCACACGAAGUGAGACUAAGCACAGAGAAAUCAAGGUUCCAUAUGUGGAUGCCAAGGGAAACUGGGGAGAACGCAUCUGGACUCGCCAGUCUUUGGGCCUAUCUGGCUCAGAAAGCUUACCUCCUGAUGUAGCCGCAUCAAAGUUUUCUAAGACGUAUUUUUAUGCCUCCAUGGUAGGAUACUUUUUGGGAAUGAUGGUCACGCUCGCCAUGUUGCUCAUCUUCAAGCACGGGCAGCCGGCGCUGCUAUAUCUCGUGCCAGGCGUGUUCGGGUCGCUACUUUUGACCAGCUUGGUGCGUGGAGAGUUCAAAGAGCUAUGGAUGUACACGGAGGAUGGAAGCCUUGAUACAGUCGACGUCGUGGUGGAUCUGGACGGCAAUGGCAAGGCGGUGAAGACGAUUGGCAAGCUGGAGAAUGGCGUGGUAGAUACGACCAAGGAUGACAAGAAGAAUAAUGAUGAAAAGGAGAAGGAGAAGGAAAAAGAGAAGAAGGAAGAAGAAGAGAAAAAGAAGAGUGCUGAAGCCGGACAAACGAGCAGAAAAGGGCACAAAGUCUUUUCAAUAUCACUGGAAGCACCGCCAGAGGGAGUAUAA